CCUAAAGGAAUUGAAGACAAUAUCUAUAAUCUAUAGACCAUAGAGGCAGAAAGAGUAGAAUCCAAACUUAAAAUUAAACAUUUUCUCCUUUUUGUUCCAGACGUGAUUAAAAGGUGCAGAAAUUUUUUUUUUUUGGAGUGUUUAAGGAGAAGGACCACUUAGUUCUUGGCUCUUUCCACCGCUCUGUUUCUGUUUCUUCCUCUUUUCUGGGAAAAAAAGAUUCUUUAAUCUAUGUUGCAGAGCAUGAUUGGGCAUCUGGGUAUGUGCAGAAUCUUCUUGCUGGUCUAAGUUUUUGGGUCUGAAUUGUAAGUGAUAAUUGACAGUUUUCUGGUAGGUAAGUGAAGUUGAGAUAUGGAGAAAAGGAAGGGGAAUGUGCACUCUCCAGACACAGUUCUUGAGGACUAUUUAAACGGUUUAGAGUCCGAAACAGAUUCUUCCAAGAACAGCAAUAAUUCUGAAUUGGAAGCUCAUCAUAAGGAGGCAAAGGGCAGUUCAAAAUGGGCAGGAUUUAUCCAACUCUUUAGAACAAAGUCGAAAAGCCAUUUAGGUAGCUUGGAUCCCUUGAAUUCUCUCAAACUGUCGAAAAGAUUCAGCAGCAGUAUGAGGGAAACCGCUUCUGCUGCCAAGAUUUUGCAGAAUAAUAGUGACGAUUCGAACUGUUUCAAGCCACAUUGGAGGAGCUUCAGCCUCUCGGAGCUUCAGACCGCCACGAGAGGCUUUCACCAAGAAAGCUUGAUUGGGAAAGGCGGCUAUGCUGAGGUGCACAAGGGACGCCUGAGAGAUGGGCAGCUCGUUGCAGUUAAACGCUUGACACGAGGGCCUCCCGAGGAGAGAGUAGGAGAUUUCUUAUCCGAGCUUGGGAUAAUGGCUCAUGUCGACCAUCCCAAUACUGCUAAGUUGAUUGGCUAUGGGGUUGAAGGCGGAUAUUUCCUCGUUCUCGAGUUAUCCCCUCAUGGAAGCUUAGCCUCUAUGAUGCACGUUUCAAAGCGGAAAUUGGAAUGGGUUAUCCGGUAUAAGGUUGCUCUAGGGACAGCUAAAGGGCUUCAAUAUCUUCACGAGGGCUGUCGAAGGAGAAUUAUCCAUCGAGAUAUCAAAGCUGCAAAUAUAUUGCUUACAAAGGACUUCGAGCCUCAGAUUUGUGAUUUUGGACUUGCAAAGUGGCUGCCAGAGCGAUGGACUCACAUCAAUGUGAUGAAAUUUGAAGGGACGUUCGGAUAUCUUGCGCCCGAGUUUCUAAUGCAUGGAAUAGUAGACGAGAAAACUGAUGUGUUUGCCUUCGGGGUGCUGCUGUUGGAGCUCAUCACUGGGCGUCGAGCCCUUGAUUACUCGCAGCAAAGCCUUGUAAUCUGGGCAAAACCUCUGCUAAAGAAGAACAGAAUUCGAGAGCUUGCUGAUUCGUCGCUUGGCGAGAGCUACAACUUGCUGCAGAUGAAUCUCAUGGCCUUGGCUGCUUCUUUGUGUGUGCAGCAAUCUUCGAUAAAGCGCCCUCGAAUCAGCCAGGUUCUGCAGCUUCUGAGAGGGAACUAUGAGAGCCUGGAUUUGAUCAGAAGAUGCAGAAAGCCAGUGCAGUGGAAGGGAUACUAUGAGGAACUCUUCAAUGCAGAAGAAGGGUUUCACAAGAACAGCAACUUGAGGAGUUGUCUUAGUCUGCAGGAACAGAUUGCUAUGGAAAUCCAAAAUGGAUGAAGACGGGAUUGAAGGACGUGUUCUGUCUCGACUAAAAGGUUAAACAGACAGCGAGACAUAUACGGUUAUUAUUUAUAUAUAUUAUGCUCGACGGGAGAUGUCUGCAUGCACUCUUUCGAUCCGUCACCAAACAACGCCAAGCAUGUUUGUUUAUAGCAUGUCAAAGAAUUAUUUGAAGGCGGGAAUCGCAACACUUUUUACAACAUCAGUCAGCUGUAGCGGAGGUGUAACUGUAUUUUCUUAUACGUUCAUAGCAAUGAAUAUAGGACUUGGCCUCCAACAAAACCUUUGCCUCCUACAACCUCUUUAGAUAGAGUUCCCACAUUCUUCUGCUGUGAA